UCAACCUCCUGCCCUCUCCUAGCAAUCCAUCCUGUCACACACAAGCAUUCCUGGAAGACAAAGGCCAAGAUCACCGGGGAUCUUUCCAAGACGAGAAAAGAAACAAGGCGAGAUCGAUGAGCAGCGGCCAGUCGUCGCCGAUGGAUUCAAGCGGUGGCUCCCCAUGUCCUCAUGGCGACGGCGCCCGGGUGGUGAGCGCCAAGAAGCUGUGGCGCGCGAUGCAAGCCGCCUACCUCGUCGUCGUCAGGAAGCACCAGCCCAAGCUCGCCGCGCUCGGCGUCCACCUGCACCACCUCCUCUCCAGCAGCAGCAGGCGCGACCGCGGCCGCAGCCUCGCCGCGGCGCGGGAGCCGCACCCGGUGCUGACGUACCUGUCGUCGUCGCUGUCGUGCCGGUCCAUGGACCCGGCCGCCGCGGUGGUGCACCCGUAUCCGCGCGGGCGCGGGCGCGGCCACGGCCACGGUCGCCGGCGUGCGUCGUCGUCGAGGCCCGCGGCCCCCUCCUUCUCGUGCCGGUCCAUGGACCCCGCUGCCGCCGUGUGCCAGUACCAGUACCGCCCCCGCGAGGUCGAGUUCAGCUGCAAGAGCACGCCAAUGCACAAGCGCCGGCGCCGCGAGCAGCGCCUCCGCCGCCAGCAGGAGCGCGCCGCCGACCAGGGACGAUGCGACCACUCGUCGGAGCCGGAGUACUACCACUACCACGGCUCGGCCGCUGCGGUGACGAGGCUGUUCACGCUGAUGGACGUCGAGGAGGCGGCCAAGGCAACGGAGGACCUCGCGGGGUACGACGGCGGCGGCGACCUCGACCUCGAACCGACGGUGGCGUGUCCGGCGCUGACGAUGGGCCCGGCGCCGCGGCAGGUGCGGAUCACGGACUCGCCUUACCUGUUGUGGGACGACGACAGCGAGGAGGGGUGGGGCGCGGUGGACAGGCGCGCCGACGAGUUCAUCACGAGCUUCUACGAGCAGCUGCGCACGCAGCAGCCGCAGGGCACGCUCUACUUGACCAGAUAGGUUAGGGGGUGAAGAAGCAGAUCACGCGGCCUCUAGUCUUUGUGAGUAGUUCAUGCAUUCGUCAAUGCAUGGAGAUAAGGGUACGUUUUAUUCCUAGACGAUCGGUCGAUCGAUCGAUGUUGCGAGCUCAUGAAACUUUUCCUAGCUGCUUUUUUGACAGCUUGAUGUGUGAGUUGCAGUGCUUGAUUUUUGUUAUAUUGAGGCUUGAAAAACAACACUUGCUGAAACUUGUUCGUCAUUCCUUCUCA